UAAGGUCAUGUCUUUAAUUAUCUUCUCCUUAACAGUUUCUUUUCUCGCACGUUAUCUCCUCCUCACAAGUCCAAAUCAAAGAAAACAGAGUAAAAGAGAAACAAGAAACCGAAGAGACCUACCUGCCGUUCGUUAAUCUUAAGCGAUGCAAAUCUAAACGUAACGAAACUUGACGAAUACACUAAAGAGACACAUUUCAAUUAUCUUCACGGGUGAGUUGCACUCUAAAAUAAAUACCAACAAAAAAAGAGAAAGAAAGUGAGCAAAGAGAGAAAGAUCAUCGGGAGAAUUAAUAGAAAGGAAAUGGCAACGGCGGGUCCGGCGAGGACAAGCUCACUAAUGGACGAUCUCUUGGGACUUCUUAGAAUCCGCAUCAAACGUGGCGUCAAUCUAGCCGUCCGUGACAUCAGUAGCAGCGAUCCUUACGUCGUCGUCAAAAUGGGCAAACAGAAAUUGAAGACUCGUGUUAUUAACAAAGAUGUAAAUCCAGAAUGGAAUGAAGAUCUGACUCUCUCCGUUACAGACUCCAAUCUUACGGUCCUCUUGACGGUGUACGACCACGACAUGUUUAGCAAAGACGACAAGAUGGGCGAUGCUGAGUUCGAGAUAAAGCCGUAUAUUGAGGCUUUGCGGAUGCAACUCGAUGGACUCCCUAGUGGAACCAUUAUUACCACGGUUCAGCCAAGUCGUCACAACUGUCUAGCUGAGGCGUCUCGAGUCACUUGGGUUGACGGUAAGCUAGUCCAAGAUCUCGUUCUUAGAUUGCGACACGUGGAAUGCGGAGAGGUCGAGGCUCAGCUUCAGUGGAUUGACCUCCCUGGCUCCAAGGGUCUAUGAUCAAAAACAGGAUUAAGGGGAAAAAAAGACAAGAAACUGGAUCUAAAAGGAUAGAGAAUUAGAAAAGCAUAUUAAUCCACGAGGAUAUUAUAAGGAUUAAGAACGUCGAGGGCAGUUUUUGUUCCCA